UUUACAUUAGCUGCUCUGCUUUUUGUAAUUUUUCUAUCUCUAGCGAUCUUUGAUUCGGUGAUAGAACAGCUGUUUACUAAAGUAUUAUCGACAAUGGCUAUACAAUAGAAAUAAGAAAAGAAUAUUAUUGAAAUUCUAACUAUUUCUUUAUUGAUAUGACAGAGUAUUGAAGAAUAAAAGAAAUAUACAAUCGAUAAUAACUUACCAUACUACAUACUUAAAGUCUCUGUUUGAAAGGCGAAAAAAGAUUAUUCGGCAAGUGAAUCAAGAUGACAUGGUUGUAUUAUUUUAUCUGUCAUUGAGAUAUUUGUAUAGUAACAAAUUUAAUCGAGUAAACAAACUAAUAAAAAUGGAUGUUGUAACAACCAGUCUCGAAGCUUUGAUACAAAGAGCUACAAAUCCACAAAAUCAAAAAUCUGAUAUAGCAGCCAUUGAAGCAUUCUGUGUUAUGGUUAUGAAGGAAACGGAAGGUAUUCAAAUAGGCAGUAAAUUAUUAGCAACACAUAUUCAAUCAUCUAAUGAAUUUGAAGCUCUUCAAGCUCUUACAUUACUAGAUACUUGUAUGAGAAGAUGCGGACCAAAUUUCCAUGCAGAAGUUGGAAAGUUUCGCUUUUUGAACGAAAUGAUAAGACUUGUCUCGCCAAAAUAUUUAGGUAAUAAAACUCCUGUGGCUGUACGUCGAAAAGUAUUACAACUUUUGUACUUAUGGACGAAAGAGUAUCCACGAGAAUCAAAAAUUAAGGAGGCCUAUGAAAUGCUUAGAAAGCAAGGAGUCGUAGAGGAGGAUUCAGUACCUAUUGUUAGUAAUACAGAUGAAGUCUUUAAAAUACCAAAAGCAAAAAAUACGAUAUUCGAGGACGAGGAAAAAUCAAAGUUGUUGCAGAAAUUGUUACAAAGUAAAAAUCCUGGCGAUUUACAAGCUGCAAAUAGAUUGAUUAAAACUAUGGUAAAAGAGGACGAAAGAAGAGUACAAUUGAAUUCACGAAGGAUCAUGGAAUUGGAAUCAGUUCAUAAUAAUGUUAAAUUAUUAUCUGAAAUGUUAGAUUCAUACAAUCAAAAUGAAACAAGUCCUGAAGAUAUUGAAUUAAUGAAAGAACUUCAUCAAGCAUGUGAACGUUUAAAACCCACUGUGUUAAGAUUAGCUAAUGAAACUCAGGACAAUGAAGAAAUGCUUGGUGACGUACUCGCAGCGAAUGAUGCAUUGGGUGAAGUAUUUGAUAAAUAUACUGCUGUGAUAAUACUUGGCCAAAAAGUUACUAAAACGAAUAUUAAUAAUGAUCCAUCAUUAUUGGAUUUGUCUUCUCCAAUUGAUGCUGCUAUUUCUGAAUGUACUUUGAAUACAAAUACAGAUAAAACUAAUAAUACAACGGCAACAAAUUCACAGUCGGAUAUGGAAGUUCUUGGAGAUAUUUUCAAUUCUUUAGGAAAGCCAAUGGAUUUCUCUUUAACUACCGAUACAAAUAUUUUAAUGCCAGAGCCAAUGAUAAUGGAUCCAAUAAAUGUUCAACAAAAUGGAAAGAAAAUUGAUGAUAACGUUGAUACAUCUGUAAAAAAAAUGGAUAGUAAAGCCAGAGCAUUAGAAGAAUUAAAUGAGUUAGGGGAAUCUCUCCUUAAACAGAGCUUGUCAUAUAAAAUGGCAAAAGAGUCAUCUUUGGAUGGAAAAAAAAUGGCUUUAGCUCAUGUCGCAAAAUUCCAACCUAAAUUUGAUCAUCACAAUUCAAUAGGUUUAACUUCUACAAAUAAUAAUAUGACACAGCACAAUAUAGUAGACAAAUCAAUUAAAAAUGAAAAUGAAAAAGUGAAAAGUGAUUCUAUAUCUACAAAUUUUCUUAAUGGUGAUGAUACAUUAGUCGAUAUAUCACAAUCUCGUAACAAAAGUAAAAACAUUGAAACAGAUGAAGAAAACACAUUGAUGAAAGUAAGUGACGUGCCAGCAUUAACUGUUAAUUCUGAACCAGCAAUCAAGCCUUUAACUGAUAUUAAUGUAAAUCUUCAAGAUAUUAAACCAGGUACAAAUCCUCCUAUAACAGUAAUAGAAGAUAAAAAUGGUAUUACAGUAGUACUUCAUUUCGCACAAGACAGUCCAAGACCAGAUGUUUCUGUAAUAGUAGUUACAACAAUGAGUAAAAAUACUAAACCGCUUAGCAAUUAUUUGUUUCAAGCAGUAGUACCUAAGAAAUGUAAGUGCAGACUUCAACCUCCUUCUGGUACAGAAUUACCAGCACAUAAUCCAUUUCUUCCACCGUCAGCAAUUACACAAAUUAUGUUAAUUGCAAAUCCUCUUAAGGAAUCGGUAUCUCUAAAAUUUAUGUUGAGUUAUACAAUGGAUGAUGAAACUUUUACUGAAAUGGGUGAAGUUGAUAGACUACCACAUCUAUAAAAUUAAUAAGAUUAAAUAAAACGUAAGAAUAUGAGUAAUGAUGAUAAUAUUGUUUACAAUACAAGUGAAAAAUAUUUCUGAACUGAACAUAUACAAUUACAUUUCACUCCAUUAUAUCACUGGGCAAAAAUGAAGUUUAUUAGCGUAAGUGAAUGGAACAUGUUCUUUUAUUACAUAUAUAUAUAUAUAUAUAUAUAUAUAUAUAUAUUUUUUUUUUUUUUUAUUCCUAACGUUAUAAGAACAUUCUUUAAGUAUGUAAACAAUUAUGUAGUUAUAAAGGUAUUUAUUUGAAUUGUUCCGCAAAGUAAUUACGAUUCAUAAAAAUAAUUAUUUGCAUAUUAAUAAAAC